CGAUUUCGUCGUCUGCAUCUGUUCUGUCUGUGCAGUCCCCUUUGAUAAAAUGUUUAUUGUAGCAUUCUUUGUUGUUGAUAAAUGAUAGUAAUUUAUGUUGUCUUGUGUUAUUCAUGUAGUGGCUUUUUUUAUAAACUCUCUUGUCUUGAAAGUUGUUUUAUAAGGUGAUUUCAUAAUGUGUAUUCUAUCUCUUAAUGGCUAAAAUUAACGCAGCAGUAAAAAUGGUUCAGCAUAAUUCAAGAGAACAGCGUUCUGUGGAUAGGGCGAAAAUUUCAUAAGCUUGUCAUAUUUGCUGGUAGCUGGAUUUUUAUAUCAACAGAGUCAACAAGUCAAUUUUGCAAAGAGAGUAUUUUAGGAAGAAAUGAGUGUUUCGUUGGAUAAAUGGAAGUGGGGAAUCAAGGGCAAGUUGGAGGAGUGGUGUACACGGAAAGGCAAAGCUUAGACACUGUCAGAGCUCUACACCAGACUGUUGUGUCACUAAGAGCAGCUUUAGAACAGUCACGAGCUGAACUGCAUUCUCUGAGGCAACAAGUUCAAGGGAAAGUUGAUCCUGCUGUUUACGAAAAAACCAUAGAGAAACUAUCCCUAGAAAAUCAUGUAUUACGACAGCGAGUUCUAUCUUCUGAAAAUGUUAACUCUUUAGGAAUUGAAAUCUCUUUGUCUCCUGUCCCACCAAUGACAGAUCAGAAUAAGAAAAAAUGGAGAUCAGUCAAUAUCAAGUGCUACAAGUCAACACGGAGCUGGGACACGCCGCAGAUCAGCAAGGGUGAGUCGGAGGACUCGGAAGAGUUGGAUGACAUUGAACUCAUAUUUACAACUGAUGAUAAAGAAUUGAGUGGACUGCAUGAGGAUUUAGUUUCGAUAUCAGAAAGUGAAGCUUGGCAUGUAAAAAGAGGAAAGGAUAGAGAUGUAAGAGAUGUAGUUUCCAAUUCGACUUUAAAACACACUUGGACACAGUCUGUUUUUGUUGAAACAGACAUUUCCAAAUGUGGAGUUAUCGAUGAAGAUGAAAGUCCUCAGGUUUGUAGACGCAACACUUUGCCUAAUGCCAUUCCUUAUAGACCCAUAAUACACCGAGAAGCAGUUAGUGGAAGUAAAAGUCAGUUAGUAGACCAAAGUCAGAGUUCUCCUAGACCGUUGCUUGUAAAGUUUUCUCAAAAUGCAAGGAGCCCAAGAAGCACUCGUCCCAUACUUGCUGAGAAAAAUUCAAACAAACAAGAAUCAGAAGCACAGACUGAUAUUACAGCUUUGCCAGCACACUGGAGAUCCGAAAGUUUUCUUGCCCACCAUAAAGUUGCCCAUAACUUCACAACGUUACCAUCAAAGUUUGCUAUUCCAGUUAGUCAUUGUGCUCCGAGGAAACAGUCACUAAGACUAUCGGAGAAAACCCAAGAAGCGAGAAGAGUCCUCUUGUCAGAUAUCAAUUUUACAAGCAUGGUCCCAGAAUUAUCCAGAAGUGCUGAUCACUUAUGCAAUGAAGCUAUUAGUACAUCAAAUCUUUGCAAAAAUUAUCCUCGAGCUUUCUCGUACAUGAAGAAUGCAGACAGUGUGCUAUCUCCAGGCUAUUUGGGCCGACCUCCCUGGUCCCCAUGUGAUUGCAAUAAUCGACAUCCCAGUUGGGAGUAUUACCAAGGUUCCUUAAUGUCAAUUCCUUCACCAUCAGUUAUGGACAUGUCAGAGAACACAAGGAGGAGGCACUCGAUGAAACCUUCCGUUUCCUCAUUGGACACUUGGAAUAGUUCAUACUGUGUGAGACCCAACUGGUCAGUUCCAACAUCUCCAACGCAUUGCCGACGCUCUCGAAGUGUUCCUUUCUCAGCAUCUUACAUGCAUACUGCUCAGCCCGAGUCCAGUUGCUACAGUAUGUGUUGUCCUAACAGAAGACAGGAUUCCAAACUGUCAAUAUCAUCAUCUUCAAGAACUUUCAGACCACUGACAUCAUCGAAAAGCCAAAAUCGAGUAACAUUUCAAGACACAGUGGUGAGGCGGCCCGGACAUUCCAUGCCAGAUCUUCGUAUCUCACUGGAGCCUGAUAGUGGGGAAGAUUCGACAGACUCAUUAAUUGAGGAGUCUGAAGAGUUUUUACGCAGGUCAAUUGAUUCAGUAGUAACAGGAACGGACUACACACAGACUGGCAGGAAGAGAAGGUCCAGGAGACACUCUGAGCCCUAUCCUUUCAAAGAUUUUGAACCGCCCAAGUCAUCUCAGCCAUUCAUAGCAAAGAUUCCAAGGGAUCUGAAGCUCAACUAUUGGGUGAAAGUUAUCACCCUUGAGGGGCAGGUUGUGGUGGGCAAGGUGAGAUAUGUGGGUCUGUUACCCGGGAAGGGGGAUGAAAGCUUCGUGGGUGUCCAGUUGAACAGAUCUGACGGGAACAGCGAUGGAUCAUUUGGAGGACGCCGAUUUUUUGACUGUGAUGCAGACUGUGCCCUCUUUGUGCCGUUCAAGAAAGUUGUUAUAGCUUGGAGCUAUUAAGACCAAAAGACUUAAGUACAAAUUUAUAACUUGCUGUCCCUGUUUUAUCUAACUGUGCAAUAUGUUAAUUUUUUAAAGUUUUCGUCCUACUAUUGUACUUGUAAGGCUUAACAAGUACCAGAUAUAUUUAUGUACAUCCAACAUUCAAACAACCGUAACACAUAAACUUGUAUGGCCAAACCAUUAAAUCAUCUGUAAAGCUUAUACCUAUGUAACCUGUGUAUGUACGGAUGUAUAUUUUUAAAACAUUCACUGUGGCAAUUAUUUUAGAACUAAUCCUUAACGACAGUGCUUGUAAGUAAUACGAAUAUUGUAUUCAGCUGUGGUUGCUGAGGGUAUUUUCUACUUCCUACUUAGCUAUGGCCUCUCUGGAGUGAAUAAUUACGAAUAAAAAAAUGUUGGACCAUAUUGUUUGUACAUCGGACAUUUGGUUGGAGAAAUGUCACUUCUUUAUAUAAAUAUAUAUUUAAAUUAAUGUAAUCUAGACAUGUGAUGGAUAUAUUUUACAAUAAUUUAUUAUUUUAUAGCUUUAACUAGGGUUCUUAAACAAGGUGCUUAAAGUUUUACAUCAAAGACAGAAUGAUAAGGAUGAAUGUGAGGUUAAGUCAUUAUGAAGCAUAUUGAAGUACAGUAAUUUUGCCUUUGCCUUAUUUGUUUUAAAACUGUGGAUAUUAUUGUUGUUUGUUUGUGGUAUGAAAUUUCUAAAAUAACAUAA